AUGCAAGUUCAAGAUGCGGUCACAAGUGGAUACAAAGACGUUAUUACCCGAUACAAUUCCCCUGAUAGAAGCGAGUCUCGGAUUUUAGCAGUCACUCAUGAGUAUGAAGGUUGA